AUGUAUCCCCAUUCCUCGUCCCCAACAGGUGAUCCCAAUGAUCCUUUCAGCUCUGCUGCCGCUGUUCCUCGCAGAUACGCAUAUGACAACGAUUCAGACAAUGUAGACUCGUAUGGACGCAGAGACACCUAUGCCUCAGACAGUAGUAAUAAUGGACUAAACGACGACCGCUAUUUCGACAACAGCCCUUACGAUCCUUACACCCAUCCAGACACAGAUUCAGAUGUCGACGUCUACGGACAGCGUUAUCAUCCUUCUGCAGAGUCUCUGGGUGCCUCCCGUGUAGGCAUGUCGGACUCGGUUGCUACAACGUAUGCCGAAUAUAGUGGCCCCCCUGGUGCUCGUGAAUCGUACCCAGCUUGGACCGUAGAGCGUCAAAUUCCUCUUUCAAAAGAGGAAAUCGAAGACAUCUUUUUGGACCUUACACAAAAAUUCGGUUUCCAACGAGACUCCAUGCGUAAUAUGUUCGACUUCCUGAUGCAAUUGCUUGACAGUCGAGCAUCACGUAUGUCACCAAAUCAGGCAUUGCUUACGCUUCAUGCAGACUAUAUCGGUGGCGAACACGCCAACUACCGUAAAUGGUAUUUUGCCGCUCAACUGGACCUUGAUGAUGCUGUAGGCCAUGCCCAAAAUCCCGGCAUCCAGCGAUUGAAAUCAGUUAAGCGCAAAGGCGGUCCUCGCACCGCAAACGAAAAGUCGCUUCAGACUGCGAUGGAAAGAUGGCGUCAAGCAAUGAACAACAUGAGUCAGUACGACAGGCUGAGGCAGAUUGCGCUUUAUCUCCUACUAUGGGGUGAGGCAGCCCAAGUUCGCUUCGUCCCUGAGUGCCUAUGCUUUAUCUUCAAAUGCGCCGAUGAUUACUAUCGCUCGCCCGAAUGCCAAAGUAGGGUUGAUUCUGUCCCAGAAGGUCUUUAUCUUCGUUCUGUGGUGAAACCUCUUUACCGCUUUAUUCGAGAUCAAGGAUAUGAAGUCAUCGAUGGUCGGUUCGUGCGGAGAGAAAGAGAUCAUGCAGAAAUCAUUGGUUAUGAUGAUGUCAACCAGUUGUUCUGGUAUCCCGAGGGUAUUGCUCGCAUUGUACUCACUGAUAAAUCGAGACUUGUGGAUCUUCCUCCCUCUCAGCGAUUCAUGAAGUUUGACCGGGUUGAAUGGAAUAAAGCUUUCUUCAAAACAUAUUACGAGAAACGGUCUUUCGGCCAUCUUCUGGUCAACUUCAAUCGAAUCUGGGUUAUCCACGUAUCUCUCUACUGGUUUUACACUGCGUAUAACUCGCCUUCGGUUUAUGAAAUUAUCAGGCCAGACAAUACAGUGGUAAAUUCGACGGCACUCUCAUGGUCUACAACAGCGCUCGGUGGGGCUGUGGCAUCUAUUAUCAUGAUCCUCGCCACGCUCGUGGAAUUUUCGUACAUCCCAACAACCUGGAAUAACACGUCCCAUCUUUCUCGUCGCCUUCUAUUUUUAUUCAUCACGCUCGCAUUGACAUGUGGUCCCACAUUUUACAUUGCCAUCGCCGAGAGUGCAUCGCCUGGCGGCUCUUUGGCACUUAUUCUUGGCAUUGUCCAGUUUUUCAUAGCGGUCGUCGCUACAUUGUUAUUUGCUAUAAUGCCUUCCGGUCGGAUGUUCGGAGACCGAGUGGCUGGAAAGUCUAGGAAAUACCUGGCCAGCCAAACGUUUACUGCGAGUUACCCUGGUUUACAUCGGCAGGCUCGACUGGCGUCAAUUGGUCUUUGGUUCCUCGUGUUCGGCUGCAAGGCGACCGAGUCUUACUUCUUCUUGACUCUGUCUUUCCGUCAACCUAUCCAGGUCAUGGUCGGAAUGAAGAUACAAGGCUGCAAUGACAAGUACUUUGGCAAUGAUCUCUGCACCAAUCAAGCCGCUUUCACGCUGACCAUCAUGUACAUCAUGGAUCUUGUUCUGUUCUUCCUGGAUACUUUCCUAUGGUACAUCAUCUGGAACACGGUAUUCAGUAUUAUACGGUCAUUCAUGCUCGGUUUGUCUAUAUGGACGCCAUGGAAGGACAUCUACACUCGUCUCCCUAAGCGGAUAUUUUCCAAAAUGCUGGCAACUCGGGACAUGGAAGUCAAUUAUAAGCCCAAGGUCUUGGUGUCACAAAUUUGGAAUGCGAUCAUCAUCUCGAUGUAUCGAGAGCAUCUGCUAUCUAUCGAACACGUGCAAAAGCUGUUGUAUCAUCAGAUUGAUGCUGGUCAGGAAGGCAAGCGGAGUCUUAGGGCGCCGCCGUUCUUCAUUUCGCAAAGUGACAAGGGCUUCAAGGGCGAAUUCUUCCCUCCUAACAGCGAAGCAGAGCGUCGUAUAUCUUUCUUCGCUCAGUCACUCACGACUGCCAUACCCGAGCCACUUCCGGUUGAUGCUAUGCCCACGUUCACGGUCUUGACACCGCAUUACAGUGAGAAGAUUUUGUUGUCGUUGAGGGAAAUUAUUCGUGAAGAGGAUCAGAACACUCGUGUAACCCUUUUGGAGUACUUGAAACAGCUUCACCCGGUCGAGUGGGACAACUUCGUCAAGGACACCAAGAUUCUCGCAGAGGAAUCCGCUAUGUUCAAUGGUACCAGUCCAUUCGGGACAGACGAGAAAGGCCAGUCGAAGAUGGACGAUCUUCCAUUCUAUUGCAUUGGUUUCAAGAGUGCUGCACCUGAAUUCACCCUUCGAACAAGGAUUUGGGCUUCCCUUCGCGCUCAGACUCUUUAUCGCACGGUAUCUGGUAUGAUGAAUUACUCCAAGGCGAUCAAACUACUCUACCGAGUAGAGAACCCCGAAGUCGUGCAACAGUUUGGCGGAAACACGGACAAAUUGGAGCGUGAGCUCGAGCGCAUGGCACGACGCAAGUUCAAGUUUGUUGUAUCCAUGCAACGUUACUCGAAGUUCAACAAGGAGGAGCACGAAAAUGCUGAGUUCCUUCUGCGUGCUUACCCGGAUCUCCAGAUCGCGUACCUUGAAGAGGAAGCUCCACGGAAGGAGGGCGGUGACCCCAGAUUGUUCUCCGCUCUCAUUGAUGGUCAUUCCGAGUUCAUCCCAGAAACCGGUCGUCGUCGCCCUAAGUUCCGCAUCGAGCUACCCGGAAACCCUAUCCUUGGUGACGGAAAGUCAGACAACCAGAAUCACGCUAUCAUUUUCUACCGUGGCGAAUACCUACAGCUCAUCGAUGCCAACCAGGACAAUUACCUCGAGGAGUGUCUGAAAAUUCGUAACAUUCUUGGCGAGUUCGAAGAGUAUUCGGUGUCGACGCAGAGUCCUUACGCACAAUACGGGCACAAAGAGUUCAAGAAAGCUCCCGUCGCUAUCGUCGGUGCUCGCGAGUACAUCUUCUCAGAAAAUAUUGGUAUCCUUGGUGAUCUUGCUGCUGGAAAAGAACAGACAUUUGGAACCUUGUCUGCCCGUGCCUGGGCUUGGAUUGGUGGGAAACUCCAUUACGGCCAUCCCGAUUUCCUCAAUGGCGUAUACAUGAACACACGAGGAGGCAUCUCAAAAGCUCAAAAAGGUCUUCAUCUGAACGAGGAUAUUUACGCUGGUAUGAAUGCUUUCGGUCGCGGUGCUCGUAUCAAGCAUACCGAGUACUAUCAGUGUGGAAAGGGUCGUGAUCUUGGCUUUGGUACGAUUUUGAACUUCCAGACGAAGAUCGGGACUGGUAUGGGUGAACAAAUGCUUUCGAGAGAGUACUACUAUCUGGGUACUCAAUUACCAAUUGAUCGAUUCCUGACAUUCUACUACGGUCACCCUGGUUUCCACAUUAACAACAUGCUCAUCAUCCUUGCCGUUCAGUGCUUCGUAGUUACAAUGGUCUUCCUCGGAACGCUCAACUCUUCGCUCACUAUAUGCCAGUAUACCUCAACUGGUGGCUUUUUGCCUGAUCAAGGAGGAUGUUACAACCUUGUGCCUGUGUUCGACUGGAUACAUCGUUGUAUCAUUAGUAUUUUCUUGGUGUUUAUGAUAGCUUUCUUGCCUCUGUUUAUCCAAGAAUUGGUGGAGCGUGGCACGGCUAGAGCUAUCAUUCGCUUAGGCAAACAGUUCAUGUCACUUUCCCCAGUCUUCGAGGUGUUUUCAACUCAGAUCUACACGCACUCUAUCAUCAGUAACUUGACCUUCGGUGGUGCUCGUUACAUUGCGACGGGACGUGGUUUCGCAACGACGCGUAUAUCUUUCAGCAUCCUGUUCUCUCGCUUCGCCGGACCGAGUAUUUAUCUUGGUAUGAGGACCUUGAUUAGCCUGUUAUAUGUUACAAUGGCUCUGUGGACUCCAUACUUGAUUUACUUCUGGAUAUCCAUUCUUGCGCUCUGUGUUGCUCCUUUCUUAUUCAACCCUCAUCAAUUUUCGUUUGCUGAUUUCAUCAUUGACUAUCGGGAAUUCUUGCGCUGGAUGUCUCGUGGUAAUUCGCGAUCUCAUAACAACUCGUGGAUUGGCUACUGCCGUAUCUCUCGUACUAUGAUCACUGGAUACAAGAAGAAGAGGUUAGGCCUUCCAUCCGAAAAACUAUCUGGCGAUGUUCCUCGUGCAGGAUGGCGCGCUGUCAUUGUUUCUGAGGUUAUCUUCCCAAUUGUGAUGGCAAUCUUGUUCAUCAUUGCCUACAUGUUCGUGAAAUCGUUCCCGGACUCCACAGGAAGAUUGCCACCCAGCCCGCUGAUUCGUAUCGCUGUUGUUUCACUUGGACCCAUCGUGUGGAACGCAGCUGUUCUUCUGAUUUUGUUCGUGAUAUCAAUAUUCGUCGGGCCUAUCGUGGAUCCGAAAUGGCCUAUGUUUGGUUCUGUCAUGGCAUUUAUUGCUCAUCUCCUCGGAGUCAUCGGCAUGCUUGGCUUUUUCGAAUUCCUGUGGUUCCUUGAGACAUGGAAUGCAUCACACGCCGUACUUGGUCUGAUAGCCGUGAUUGCAAUACAACGUGCCGUUCACAAGGUACUUAUUGCGGUGUUCUUAUCGCGUGAGUUCAAGCACGACGAGACGAAUCGUGCCUGGUGGACAGGCCGAUGGUACGGUCGUGGCCUUGGCUCCCAUGUCAUGUCGCAACCUGCCCGAGAAUUCAUUGUCAAGAUCAUCGAGCUAUCGCUGUGGUGCUCAGACCUUCUGCUGGGUCAUUUCUUACUUUUCAUGCUUACACCCCCGAUCUUGCUCCCCUACGUCGACCGCCUACAUGCCACUCUCUUAUUCUGGCUGCGUCCCUCCAAACAAAUCCGUGCUCCCCUUUACACUCUCAAACAGAAGAAGCUACGUCGUUGGAUAAUUAUCAAAUAUGGAUUCUUCUAUGUUCUUGUCAUCAUCGUUUUCACUGCGCUGAUAGCCCUUCCUGCUGGCUUCCGUAACAGGAUUUACGUUGAAUGCUCGCUUUGCAAUAAUCUCUAAUGGUAUCAAUCUCUCCAAUUCAUAUCCACGACAUUUUAUAGACUAUCCACUAUUACUUGUACUCUUUUUCGUCUGGUAAAUUCUUGCCACUUUCUGCUCUGGACACUUUCAUGGACAGCUUCCCACAAGUCUGGAGAUGUUGACAUCAUAAAUCUCUUCGUACUGCAUGGACAUCUACUGUAGUUUACGGAUACGAAUGAAUUUUACGAAGUUCUUUCAUGCCA